GCAAUGGCAUACCUGCGCGCCGUGGUCAUUUACUGUUGAAUUGUCCAAUUGAAGGUGCAUCAUAUUAUUUGGAUUCCAUCGUGAAAAGUGUUGCCACAUCUUUACAUGCCGAUUUAUUGACUUUUGAUCGGCAAGAUUUGAUGGAAUUGACUGCGAGUAUGUUUUCGAGGAAGGGUAAUGUAACACCGUGGCCACUAUUUCCGGAACUUAAGGGAUUUAAUCCAUAUAUUGCCGCAUCACCGUAUUCCACAACUUCUUCCUUUGCUUCAGAUGAUGAAAUAGAAGACGAUGUUUUUAUGGAGGAGGAAGGCUUCGAAUCACCAUCGUCUCGCAAUUCUGGUUAUGAAAAUAAAACUUUGGCUGACAACUUUCAAUAUAAUUCAUCUCAAACAAACGGUUCUUUACGCGCAGAGAUGAAAAUUAUCCUUGAUAAAAUAGACCGAUUUUUUGAGACAUUAGUUUCUACAUCUUUUUCUGAUAAUGUUAAUUCAUCGAAAAACACGUCAUCAACACCAAAAAUCAUAUAUUUUCGUGAUGUUGGAGAUUUGGUUCCAACUACUUUCGGUACCGCAUUGAUUAAUAGUCUUGUUGAAGCAGUACAAAAUCAACGAUAUUUAGGUGAUCAAAUGAUGAUAAUUGCUGGAUAUUCUCCAUCAUUGUUUGCUAUAGAAAAGAAGUCUUCAUUAAGCCCUUCAAAUAACUCCAUACCUUCACAUGAAAUUCAAUGGGUCAACGUUGACAUAUUUCCGAAUCCUGCAAU